CCACCACCAGGUUACGCCUCUAUCCAUUUGGACGCGCCUCCGCCCACCAGGUUGCGCCGCACGUUUCGCUAUCGCCCAUGUGCGCUAGCCAGUGGAUGGUAACGCAUGCAUGGAUUGACAUCCCGUCUAUAUAACUACCGCACCUGGAUGGCGUGCUAACGAGUCGGUUCCUCCUUCCCCUCACUCCCCUCCCCUCCUUGGUACUUCGACUCGCUCGAUCAUGUCCCGCUUCGCUUCCAUCGUGGUCCUUGCUCUCGCCUCUUUCGCGGUUGCGGCUCCGUUCCAGCCACGGGCCCUCAACCCGCGAAGCCUCCCGAACGUGAUCUCCGCAUCUACGGCCAAGUCUUACCUGGCCGAUUUGACGGUCGAGACUGAGUCCAACUCGCCUGCGUACAGCCGUGACCGGUUCCAUACCUGGAUCACCAUUGAGGGCAACUGCAACACCCGCGAGUACAUUCUGAAGCGGGACGCCACUAAGGUCACGGAGGGCAGCGACUGCUACCCGACAAGCGGCGAAUGGACGUCGGCUUAUGACAAUGUCAAGACGACGCUGCCAUCUGACCUCGACAUCGACCACAUCGUUCCGCUCAAGGAGGCGUGGGUGUCCGGUGCACGGAACUGGGAUGACGACCAGCGCGAGGCGCUCGCGAACGACGUGACCCGCCCGCAGCUCAUCGCGGUCACCGACAACCUCAACCAGUCGAAGGGCGACAAGGAUAUCGCCGAGUGGGUCCCGCCGCUCAGCAGCUUUGUCUGCACGUACGUGCAGGCUUGGGUCCAGGUCAAGCACUACUACAAGCUCUCCGUCGACUCGGCCGAGAAGUCGGCGAUUUCGAAGUACUUGGCGAGUUGCUAGAGGGAAACUGGCUCUCAAAUGAGGGUAGAGUGCCGCCGAAGAGUGACCAACACCUUUCAUGACUCGGGACUACGGGGAACCAGAGGGGGUUUCAGCACUGCCGAUGUAUAUACCUUGUACCUGUGUACACUGUUCUUUUUACGACAUUUGAGCGAGAAUGAAUUCCGGAACGCCUGAACAUUGCUUGUAUGUAGUACAGUGCAGAUCAACUAAAGACCGUAGAGCUUU